AUGAUAAUUUCGUUACAAGUUUGCUUGAAAAAAAAUCAAAUAAAAAAUUUUUUUUAAUAUUUUAAGGUGAAUUGUAAUUAAUUGCGUAGUGUACAAGAAGAUAUUCCACGUAACUAUGGAUAAUGAUAAGACUGAAUUUGUGGACAAGACUGUAUUAAAUACUCCAAAACCGACAGCUUGUUCAACAGUUGACAAAAAAUCGUUUCAGAAGAGAAUAGUCCCUGUCAAUAUGGAUUUUGAGAACUCUCUAGGUAUAAUAAACGUUGACAGUUUGCAAAAUAUCUCUGAAGAUCAAAUUCACAGUAUAAGCUCAUCAGAUCUAAGUUACCUGUUAAAGCAACAACGUCUGCUUGCAAACAGUUCCUUACAAAGAGCUAAUAAAGUAGCUGGAUUGCCUUCAAAGUAUUUGAGGCCUAAUAUAAGCAGUUCUUCAAUUUCUAACGUUACUGUAAAUGAUAGUACAAUUAGUGAAAGUGAUUUAAUGAAAUCGCCGCAAAAGACGCCAAAAAAUACUUCUACUCCAAGAGCAUCAGUAGCGUCAAGUAAUUCAGCUGAAAAUAGUUUAUCACGGCUAAGCUUGGGACAAUCUAUUGCUCAACUUUCAUAUCAAAUUGGAAACACUGAUAUCAGUUUAGACAGUUUUGUUAAGGAAUUUCAGAAAACUAUGAAUAGUGUAAAUAAAGUUCCUCAGAUAGACAGUCAACUUUUCAGCCCUGCAGAAGAAGCAGCCUCUAUGUUACUUGCAGAUGAGAUGUCAUGGAGGAGACAAAAUGAAAUGCCACUUGUAAAUAAUUUUUCUCAAGUAUCAAAUGAAGAUAUAUCUGAUGGUAAAGUUUCAGUAGGAGCAUUCUUUCAGCAAAGGUCUGAUACACUCUCAGACUUCAAGAUGGCUCUCAGUCCUGUAAAAUCAAAAAAUCCUAUACCACUAAUAGAUUCUUCAAUUAGCUUUACAGAAGAAGAUAAUGAGAAAAACAGAAAAAGUUUAAGCAUUUCCGCUAUUAACAAACUGUUGAUUGAAACCGAUGAUACUCCACGGAAGGUUACUAGUUACCUUUUCAAGCAAGGGCAGAAACUGAGUGAAAAUUUAAUUGAUCAGCCAUCACUACCUGUUAGUAAAAACUCUUCCUAUACUAGUAAUUAUUCAGACAAUGAAGUGAUGAGACAAAUUGUAGCUGAUAAGGAAAAUAUCGACACUUACAACAUUCCUCAAGAUGUACUCGAAGAUAUAAAAGAAGACAUUGGGUGUUCUUCUCAGUCUAACAAUAGACCACUUUCAGCAGGUUCCACAAGAAGUUUAUCAAGUGCCUUAACAAACUUACCACAUGGUAAACUUCCGAUAGAAAGUACCAAAAUGGAACUCAUAUGGGGUUGUGUCAAAGUGGAUAAAUGUGUAACACAAGAGUUUUUACUUAGAAAUAAGGCUCCAAAACGAUUAUGCUUACAAAUGUCUAUUACAGGAUACGAUUUUAAAAUUAGGAAAGAAAAUCGUCAAGACAGUGACCCUCUUAGUUCGGCUAAAAUUUUGCUGCAUCCAUAUGAGUCCAGAGCCAUAAUUGUUUCGUUUAUUCCAACAAAAAUUGGAGCUGCUGUGGAUCAAUUAAGUUUUACGUCAGUAGAUCCUAAUUUACAACAAACCAAGAAACAGUCUGUGAUGCUGUUUGGAUAUGGAGGUUUCGGCAAAGUUAACAUCCUCAAUUUAACUAAAGACAUGACUGGUAAAUUUUGGUUAAGUUUAGGAAAACUGGAUAAUCGCAAUGUAAUAUCACACAACUUUGUUAUAAAAAAUAGUGGAACAUUACCCUGCUUUGCUUAUAUUGUAUUUAAUCCUAAAGACUUAUUUGGUUUUGCUAAUGUGACCGUAACACCUAGUUUCUCCACUCUUAUUCCAAACGAGCAGAAAGAAAUUACUGUUACAUUUGUUUUAACUAUGGAGGAUCAUCAAGUCUUACAAAGGUCUAUGUUUUCUAAUGCCAUGGUAGCUGAAAUAGGUAAUUUGCUUAUAAUAUCUGGUACAGAAGUAAACAGAGGCAGGUUGAGAAGACAGUGCCGCAAAUCUGCAGAGAAAGGUUUAGAAAUCGAUGCUCUAAGCAACAUUUUAAAAGAAAAAAUCCAGGGAGAGGUCAUGCCUGCUGACAUCAAUUUAUUUAAGGAAGCUCCAGGUAAUUUAAAAGACAUUUUAAGAUUGUUUACCCGUAACGAGGUAGUUAUGACUAUAGAACAAGAUCCAGAAGUUACGAUAAUGCCUCAGUAUCCUGACGAAACGGGAAUGUUUCACACAUUAUGUCAAGACAGUACCUUGAUGUGCUUAGAGACCACUACUGCUCAAGCCUCUUGCAAACUGGAACCGGCUAGUAUAAUUCUUACCCCACCAACAAAAAUAAGGGACAGUUUGUUUUUGACAUCUGAUUGUAAGAAGAGAAUACAUUUUGAAGUAGUUUCUAAUCCUGAAGGUUUGGAUAUUUGUCCGAAAGAAGGAAUAAUAGCACCUGGUGAAGAAAUCAUUAUAAAUGUGGCUUGUUCUAAAUUGACUAUAAAAGAGAAGAAGGUGUUUAAAGUAUUAGUUUAUGUGGAAAAUGAGGUAUUUGAGGCAACAGUUAAAAUAGCAUUCAUACAUAGUAAAAUAAAAGGAACUUAGAUUAUUAUUAAUUGUAAUUUUAUAUAGUAGGUUUUAGGUACUUAAUGUAGUUUUUUAAUGUAUUUAAUU